AUGCAAGAUUGCAAAGGUAUCAGUACACCGAUGGAAGUAGGCCUGAAUGUUGACGAAAAAGAAGAAAUCCUGACCAAUAUUCCAUAUAGAGAACUUGUUAGGUCACUUAUGUAUUUAGCCACAAUCAGCAGGCCAGACAUUGCAUAUGCAACAGGUUUUCUGAGUAGAUAUAUGCAUUGUCCAACCGCUACAUUAUGGAAGGCAGGGAAGAGAAUUCUGAGAUACCUGAAACAGACAAAAGAAAAAGGAUUAGUUUGUAAAAAAGAAGAUAGUAAUUAUUUACAAGCUUUUUCAGAUGCGGACUGGGCAGGAAACCGUGUGGACCGCAAAAGUGAAAAGAAGGAAAAAAAGUUGAAAGAAAUAAAAGAAAAAGAAAAUCGUAUGCGCUUGAGAGAAGAAAAGAUGUUAGUGAAAGUAUCCCAGCGAAAAAGGAAGAAAACCGUUAAUAAGCAGCAAAAAAUUGGAGGUCCUUCUGUUAAGACUGUAUCAGCUACAAGAUGGCAGCAGAGUGAUGAUCUCCUGCAAUUAGUUCACUGCAGUGAUAUAUGUGGGCCAUUUAACAAUGUUUCUAUUGGUCAGUUUGAAUCCUCUGAGGUGCAUUUAGAUUCAGUGGGGGGCAUAUCAGAUGACACUGUGUUGAAGAUGAUGAUGAUGGAAUAUAAAUCAAUUAGACAUUCCUCUUAUGCAGUACUUUAUUACAGUGAUUAUAAUGUAUGCGCUUGCGCUAGGCUCGCUCGC